AUGGACCAGUACAGACCAGUACAGCAGCCCAACUGGGAUGAUGGCAUUGACGUGGCCUUCAGCCAUACCAGUAUGGACCAUAUGAACCAGCAGAAAGCAGUACAGCAUCUUGCCCAGGAUCUCUUCACCUGUGUGGCCUUGCCUCCUCCCAGUAUGGACCAGUAUGAACCAGUAUGGGAUCCUGUUACCCUCAUGGCCUUGCUUUCUCCCAGUAUGGACCAUAUGGACCAGUAUGAACCAGUAUGGGAUGCUAUUAGCCACGUGGCCUUGCCUCCUCCCAGUAGGGACCAGUAUGAACCAGUAUGGGGUCCUCUUACCCUCAUGGCCUUGCCUCCUCCCAGUAUGGACCAGUAUGAACCAGUAUGGGAUCCCAUUACCCUCAUGGCCUUGCCUCCUCCCAGUAUGGACCAGCGCUGGGCGGCACUGGUCCGUACUGGUCCGUACUGGUGUGGCGGCAGGCGCUGGGGGCGGCCGAGCCGGGGUCCCCGUGGGCCAAACGCGGCUGCGGCGUCGUUGUGCCUCGUGCGGGACGGCGAGAGGAGAUGUCACUGCCUGCGCCUCUACGGACUGGGGGCGGGGCGGCUGCUGUGGGAGCAGGAGCUGCGGGGGGGAAUGGGCUACGGCGCCAGGACCCCCUUCUUCCACACCUUCACCUCCGACUCGGGCCCCGCGGGGCUGAACUUCGCCGACGAGGGGGAGGCGGCGGCCUUCGAGGCACAGGUGCAGGAGAGGCACGAGAAGCGGCAGCUCCUGCCCCCGCCGCCCCACAGUGAAGUCCCCCCACUGCUGGCUGUGCCCAUCGCCAACCCUGACAUCACGGCCUCACAGUACGCGGUGCUGCCCAGCCCCACAGCAGGCCCCACGGCGCGCCCCAUGGCAAGCGAGCAGAAGAAGGGGCGCAAGAAGAUCUCCAAGGCUGACAUCGGGGCUCCCUCCAGUUUCAAGCACGUUGGUCACAUCGGCUGGGACCCACACAGCGGCUUCAACAUGCGCCUCUUCCUCCUCCUCCUCCCUCUGGGCUUCCCUGUACCCGCUCAGGGCCACCCCCGCUGCCCCCACCGCCCCCCCGACUCCCUCGGCCCCACAUCGAUGGGGCAGGGCCCCCCCCGCCACCUCCUCUGCCCCACAUCGAUGGGGCAGGGCCUCCCCCACCACCCCCAUCAUCACGGGGGGCUCUGCUGGAGCAGAUCCGACAGGGGGUGA